UUUUCCACACGUAGUAAAUAAAAGAGCCUCCCAGUUACCAAACUCACGUCUCCGUUGCUCAUAUGAACAAAUGCCAAUCUCGCCUGAAAUCUUCUUCCUCCUCUCCUUUCUCAUCUCCCUCUCCUUCACAGAUGGGACUCAACUCAUCAUAGUGAACAACUGCAAGGAAAGCAUAUGGCCCGGAAUCCUUGGCAAUGCAGGCCACACAACACCUCAAGACGGCGGCUUCCACCUCUCCAGCGGCGAGCAACAAGUCCUUAACGUCCCCGAAAACUGGUCAGGCAGACUAUGGGGCAGGCAAGGCUGCUGCUUUGAUGAAAAAACCGGCAAAGGCACAUGCCAAACGGGUGAUUGUGUUGGGCUCUUACAAUGCAGGGGACUCGGCGGAGUCCCUCCAGCCACACUCGUUGAAAUGACACUCGGAACCUCGAAAUCCGCCUUGCAUUACUACGAUGUGAGUUUGGUUGACGGUUUCAAUGUGCCGGUUUCGAUGAGGCCAGUAGGUGGUGGUGGCGGUGGUGGGUGUGGAGUUGCUGCCUGUGAGGCUGACUUGAACGUUUGCUGCCCGCUUGCCUUGGUGGUCAAGAAACAAGGUAGGGUUGUGGGGUGCAAGAGCGCUUGCUUGGCCGGGAAAUCGGACCGGUAUUGCUGCAGAGGGGCGUUUGCGGAUCCAGAGAGCUGCAGGCCUACUGUUUUUGGGCAUCUUUUUAAGGCUAUUUGUCCUAGGGCUUAUAGCUACGCCUUUGAUGAUUCUACAGGGCUUAAGACUUGUUCGGCUCCUAGGUAUGUCAUUACGUUUUGCCCUCCUAAAUAUUGAUUUGUGUAGACCAAACCCUAGUGCAAAAUGCUGGGUAGGUUUGGUAGGGUUUUCUUGUAUUGUCAUGUAUUACUUUGGUUCUUUGGUACUGUGGUUUCAGUUUCUUUUAAGUUUUUUGGUUGCCGGCUCCAGUU